AUGUCCGCUCUCAGGGCUGGCUUACGUAGACUCUCGUCGACACUGGUCUCGAGGAGGCGGUCUUCGACUGUGGCACCGGAACACUCGGGCGUGCCGGAACUCGAACUGGCGCAGGCUGUGGGCAACUCAGUCGCGCGCAACUCCGUCUCGGCGGCGCGGCGCAACUCGGUGGCGACAGGGAGUUCGGGAGCGAAUGCGAAGCCGCCGGGAAAACGGUCGUUGACAGUGGACAUAAGUCGGUCAACACGUAAGGCGACGGCAACGAUAGCUCGUAUUCAAGAGGAUGGUGCGCGUACGGCGAUUGAGCAGUUGAUGUCUUCGCAGUGUAGUGCGGAAGAUUUGUUGAGCAAGGCUCGUUCUGCUCAGCCGGCAGCGGUCCAGGAGGCGGUGACACAGGUGCUACGGAGUACGGAAGAGACACGUACAUUGCAGACGUUGUGUGCAGAGUUCGAGACGGACGCGCGUGCGGGAUUGAGUACCUCCCAAGUGCGCCGCAAUGCAGAACGCUUCGGCACGAAUGUCAUGGCUAAUGUGCGUCGCACACGGUGGUGGGAACACGCCCUCCGCGCCGUCGCCAACCCGCUCACUCUCUGCCUCGUCGCCGCCGCCGUGGUCUCACUCUGUUUCCGUGACUGGGCUGAGGGUGUGGUCGUCCUCGUCCUCGUCAUACUCAACACCGGUUCAGACACACUGGUUACCGUACGCUCCAACAACGCACUCAGCGCCCUUUCUCAACUCGCCAACGCCACCAGCCGAGUCAUUCGCGACAACCAGGAAAUCGAAAUACCCACCGACCAACUCGUCGUCGGCGACCUCCUCCUGCUCUCACCCGGCUGCAGCGUCGGCGCUGACGUACGCCUCACCGAAGCGCGCGAGCUCCGUGUCAACGAAGCCAUCCUCACCGGCGAGUCCUGCGAAGUCGCCAAAGCCGUCCUGGAAGAAGACGUCGACGAAGUGCGGACCUUCGGUGGCAUGCUCCUCAAACGCGACACAUUCGGACCGGAGGGGCAGACGCGGGAUGGACCGGGACGGGAUGGGCCGGGACAGGAUGGGCCGGGACGGGACGGAUCGGGGCAGGACCGGGAUCAAGACCAAGAGAGCAGCCAGCACGGACAGGAGGGGCCGAGCGUACAGGACCAAGUCAGCAACCAGCACAUGCUCUACCACUCCACGCUGGUCAUCAACGGCUUCGGGAAAGGCGUGGUAGUCGCGGUGGGGCUUAAGACGCGAGUCGGGCGCAUCGCGGAAGCCAUCAUGAACGAAGUCAAAAUCGGGACCAAGUCGCCUGUGGAGUCAAGGCUGGAUCGUCUCGGCGGCGCGAUCGGUAUCUUGGCCGUGGUCUUCGUGGUGACGAUUAUUAUAGUGGGUUGGUUCAGCGGCUACAGCGACCCGGCGCAGCCACAGCGCAGCCGGUUCGUGAGCGUCUUGUCGCUCGCAGUAGGGUUCGCUGUAGCAGCUAUGCCCGAGAGUCUACCCAGCGUGGUCACCAGCUGUUUCGCCAUGGGUUGCCGCAACCUGAAGCGACUCAACGCUGCUGUCCGCAGACUACCUGCCGUUGAGACACUUGGCUGCACUUCCGUCAUCUGUACUGACAAGACUGGCACUCUCACGCAGAGUCGUCUGGUCUGCGAAAGUCUCAUCUCCUUUCGCGACCUGCAUAAGGCACAACUGAACCUACCCACACACUCUGAAAUAUGCGCCUGUAAGGCCCGAUUCCUGCCCCUCGACGGCUACAACCCCCGAGGCGUCCUGGUCCCCGUUGAUGAAGAUGGAGACGAAGAAGUACACCAGGAACCCGAAGCCAUGGCGGCCAGGGCCCUCAGCGACCCCGCCAUGGAAGGGAUCAGCCACAAGAUCAGCCACAAGAUCAGUCAGAAGCUCAGCCACAAGAUCAGCCACAAGAUCAGCCAUAAGAUCAGCCACAAGCUCAGCCACAAGAUCAGUCAGGACCACCAAGGGAACCACCAAGGGAACCACCAGAGGGAUUACCUGGCGGAGCACCAAGGGGUUCACGUGUACAGUGAUCGCGCCAUCAGCUGCGGCUCGACCCUCGUGCCGAGCGGCUUCGACGAGAUGGACGUCGCCCCCGAAGAAGCGGUGGCCGUCAAGCUGCUGCUCCUCGUAGCUGCAGCCGCCAGUCCGGACGGGAACGUUGUGCUCGAUCAGGAAACGGGUCGCUGGAACGCAGUUGGGAUGAGUGCCGACGCGGCCAUCAAAGUGGCCUGCGCAAAAGCAGGUGUCGUAAAGCACGAUGAACACAUUCCAAAUAUUAACGAGCAUCUGAACAUUCCCUUUUCGUCAAAAAGGAAGCUCCAGGUCAGCAUCGUUCGGUGCCAAUCUGGAACCUUCGGGCCAUUCGAUGCCAAGUGUGAAGCAAUUGCGGCCAUCAAAGGCGCACCAGAGAUACUGUUGCAGUACUUCAAUCAAAAGCUGGUUGUUCCACCCAAUGCUAAAUAUGAGAUUAAGGAGGGAACGACGUUCUUGAAGGCCCCGGAGGUCAAUGAGAUACUAGAUGUUAAUCGGGAACUCGCCGCUCGUGCACUGCGAAUCCUAGGCGUUGCUAUGAUCCCAUUGAGCGAAGAUCUUUAUGACUCAUUGGUUCUUGCAGGCACUGGCGAUCAUAGGUUGGAUAUAUUGCAGGCUGUAACGGGUGUGUUUCUAGGACUGUUGGCGUUCCGUGACCCCAUCAAGCCUGGUAUCCAGGAGGCUAUUGAGCUUUGUAAUUCUGCGGGUGUCGGUCUAAAAAUCAUAACAGGUGACCAGGAACUGACGUCAAGGGCAAUUGCUGGCAAAAUUGGACUAACGCAUCCCAAAAUAACAAACUGUAUGGUGACUGAUCUGACGGUUGCGUUAGAAGACGUGCCGCCUGAGGAGUUGCUGGUACCGAGCGUAGCUGUAGUGCCGCCAACAGAAGACGGAAAGAUGACUCAAAUCGAUUUAGUGAUUGCAAACACGAGUGUGUUCGUGCGCGCGCAACCGCAGCAUAAAAUAGCAAUUGUAAAAUCGCUGCAAAGACAAGGUCACGUGGUUGCAAUGACGGGUGACGGUGUAAAUGACGGUCCGGCGUUGCAAGCGGCUGAUAUAGGUAUCGCAAUGGGGAUUACGGGUACUGAUGUUGCAAAAGGCGCAUCAGAUUUGAUACUGUUGGAUGACAAUUUUACUACGAUAGUGGAAGCCAUAAAGGAGGGUAGGCGAGUGUAUGCGAACCUGCAGAGGUUUGUAACAUUCCUGAUAGGUACCGAUUUCGGUGAAAUAGUGUACCUAUUAAUCAGCGUCAUUGCCGGACUGACUCUCCCUUUGUCCGGACUUCAAACCUUGUUUGUAAACAUUGUUUGCGACGCCCUACCCGCAGUCUCGCUAGGUAAAGAACCGCCUGAAAGCAAUGUCAUGCGCAAGCCACCCCGAAAUAGAGCUAGCAAUAUUCUCAACCGACGACGCUGGAUACACGGCAUUCUCGGCCAUAUGAUCUCCGCAUCCGCGGUCAUCAUGGGAUCCACUGCUCUAUUCUCUUGGAUACAGACCGGAGCAUUCACCACCGCCGCUAUCAACAGUCAGUGUCUAACCAUGAGCAACGGAACUCCUUACUACUGCCAGUCCCCUUCAUGGGAUAUGCUGGUCGGCUGGAAGACUAACGUCAACUACUUCGACGAAAAAUCUCGACCACAUCUCAUCAGCAGAGCUUAUAAUGGAAGAAAGUAUCUUGGAAAAGAUGGAGCAUUCACCCCCAAAGAUUUAGGGCUUGAUACUUUUGAAUGUGAGGCUAAGGACGACUUGGGCUGGUGUUACCCGGAUGGCCGUGACCAUAACUACUACACUGCGCCAUCUAGGUCGGCCAUGAGAGCGAACUCGAUGAGCUUCUUGACUGCGGGCAUGUCCGAAACGCUUUGGGUGUACAGCGUCCGAUCCUGGCUCCCGUUUUAUAAAGUGUUCAAUCGGUCUGGCUGGAUGCACAUUGCGGUGGCCAUCCCAUUUUGCGUCUGCGUUCUUGCCACCAUUCUUCCUGGAAUCCGAGAAUCGCUCGGCCUACUACCCAUCAUGUGGUGGGAACUUGGACUAUCACUUUUGGCCACACUGCUCGUUCUUGCCAUUGACGAGUGUCUAUGGAAACCAAUGUACAGAGCUCGAUACGGCUUCUAA